AUGAUGGAGCCCGAAAGUGACAAAGAAAUAAAUAUAUAUUCAGAAAUACACAGACCAACUAAAUAUUUUAUGACCCCAAAAUUCGAAAUUAAGGACACACUAACAUCGAAAGAUGCAGUUAAAUUUCUUCUUGAUGGCACUUUAAGAUUGCGAGUAUGCAAAUAUUGUUUAAAUAUAACUCCAAACUUAAAUGAACAUGAUGAAAUAAUUGUAGUGGCGGGAAAAUGUGGGCUUUAUGAAGUCACUAUUAAAGAUAUUGUAGCCAGUUUUUAUCCUGUCAAGCUUAGCUGUGAUACAAAUUUUCCAAAUAAGAUAUGUAGUGACUGCUUAGACAGAGCUUUUCAAUGCUAUCUUUUCACCCAGCAAUGUGAUCAAGCUGGGAGGGCCUUACAUAAUUACUUAGAAGAUUUAAAUGAAAAGUUUAAUAAACUAGAUCCAAUGGAGCCUCUAAAAAGGCGUGGAAAACCUAAACUUUAUUUUAAUCACAAUGUACUUAAUAUGGAAUGUAAAAAUGUCAUAGAUUAUGCGGAACCUCUUAUAAAUCUGAUAAACUUAAAUGCUCUCCCUAAUAAUUCGGAAUUAACUGACUUAGAAUGUCCAAAAUGCUGGCAAGUACUUCCAAAUAUCACAUCUUUAGUAAACCAUGAAAAGUCUCAUCCAAAAUCAAUGUGGUAUUGUUGUAAACAGUGUGGAAAGGCUUUUGUUAAAUACACCCAAUUAAAAAAACACAAGCGAAAUGAGCAUUCUGUAAAAAUUGAAGAUAUCACAUUAGAAAAAAAUAUAUUCACAUGUAAACAGUGUGGUAUAUCUAAUGAGUCACUAUCAAAACAUUUACUACAUGUAGAAAAACAUAGUUUUACGAAGACAUUGGGUGAAUUGAUUAUGAAUCCAAAAGGAAACUGUGCAAUGUGCUUUAACAAGGCUUACAAUAUGGUUUAUCUUAAUGAGACUAUGCAUAUGCAUGGCGGUGGAGCUGGACUUAUGGGAGAGAAAAGUAUUUCCAAUAUUGUUACUACAGUGUUUCCAGAUAUUACAUUACACUACUCUCUUGAAGAUAAAAUUUGCAAACAUUGUCUAAAUAAACUUAUAACUUCGUACAUCUUUAUACUAAAUAUUAGAAAUAAUAGAAAUAGACUUGAUGAAUGUGUAGGUACUAUGGUAGAAACCUUAAAGCAUGUUGACGAAAAUAAAAAUAUUUUAAUAGAAGUAAACCAAAAUGUAGUUUUCCCAGCAAUCAGGGAAGACUUACUAGUGAAAGAAGGUGCAGAAGAAUUUUUGGAAGAUGAAUUUAGGAUUCCCGAUUCAGAUACCGAUAGUGAUGCUAUAAGCACCCAUAGUACAUCAACAGAUGAUAUUAUUAGAGAUAAUCCAGCUCGUAAUGCCACAAAAACAUAUGCAAAAAGAGUUUCUUUAAAUGGAUUUCAACAGUCAAUGCCUAUUGAUAAAAAUUUAGUUGUAAAAACAAAUGAAAGAAAACAAAAGUGUCUCAAAAAACGCUUACAGAAAUUUACAUGCCCUCUAUGUUAUAGACACUUUGUGUCAGAUUAUUUUCUUAAAAAGCAUGUAAUAAAGCAUGUUUAUGAAACAACAGAGUGUAGUUUAUGCAACAAAAAGUUUAAAUCUAACUUUGACUGUACAGAACAUAGAAAAGUUGUUCACAUACUCAAUUUAAAAACGUUUACCAGCUGUGGGAUUUGUGGGAGAUCUUUUCAAAAUAUGGACAAAUUGAAAAAUCAUUACAAAAAACAUUCAUUUGUAGAAUGCCCACUAUGUAAUAAAAUUUUUAAAUCUCAACCAUUUCUUGCUAAGCAUAUGGUGAGACAUCAGAUGAAAUUCAAUAGUAAUAGAAAGCACAUUGAAACUUGUAGUUUUUGUGAAAGAGAUUAUUCAAAUGAAAAUGAACUCUCACUACAUGUCAACAAGGUCCACCUUCAAAUUAAACCUUAUAAUUGUGAUAUGUGUGAAAAACAGUUUUACACCGAACAAAACUUACGAAGUCAUAAAAAAUUGCACAAUGUUAAAUCCAGAGAAGAGUGCACAUUUUGUCAUAAAACAUUCAUGUGUAGAAAAUCACUUGUUAUUCAUUUACGAAAACAUAUUGACAUUAAGCCUCAUUAUUGUCCAGUGUGUUCAAAAUCUUUUUAUAGUGAGUCGAGUAUGAAAUGUCAUAUGAAAAAAUUGCAUGGAGGAAGAUAUUGCUGCAGGCUAUGCAGACAUAUAGUUAAUAGUAACGUUGAUUUAAAAAAUCAUUUAAAAGUAGCACAUACAUAUAAGCAAUUGAGUUAG